GUGACUAUAGUCUACUGUCUAUAUCGACUAAACGCAAAACUCGUGAAAUUUUAGUUGUUACUCGUUAGGCACGAAACGAAUUUCGUGUUAUUUAUUUUAACUAGUAUUACAAAGAAUCUAUAAAUCGUUUUAACUUCAGUUGAUUGUUAUAAUGGGGAAGUUUCGCAAAAAGUUGAAAUCUAAGGGCAAACGAUGGCAAAAAGGACAAAGCUCGGUAACAAAUCCAGAAACCAAAAAGUUUCGCUCACAAGCUCAAACGAACUUCUGCAAACCAAUGUUCGGUUCAAAUCAUUUAGGUGAUGGGAAGAGCCUGUUGACUGAAAACACUCUUAAACAACACAACAGCAUUACAAAUGGCUUAAAUGGGUUUAAACCUGAUGAUGCGAUGUCCCAAACAAGCGCGUCAGGUGCAACUUAUAAGACGUUUGAAACGUUUGCUUCAGAUUGGAGCUCAUGUACAAAUCCAUCAUUUAACAGAUUAUUGAAAAACUUCAGUUCAAAUUCGUUUUUACAUAAAGAAAUGUUAGCUAUACUAGCAGCCCUCACUGAAGUCAUCAAGGAUAAUGGUGGUAAAGAGUCUUCUACUGAAUAUUUUGCUGCGCUUAUCACUACUCUACAAACGACGUUGAGUAACGCGCAAGAUGAUUGUGAAGAUAGUAUCACGGCCAUGGUUACAUUGUUGAGCAUGGGUAUGAAAUGUGUACCCAAGGAAGUACUUUGCGCCAAGUUUGGAACUACCGCUCAAACGUUAAUUACAAUACUCGGCAAAUUUGCUGAAUCCGACAACAACAAUUUGUUAAAAUCGAUGUUUAGUUGCUUAUCGUUGUUACUUCGUACUCAAGAAAAAAUUGUUUGGUCGCAUAGCUCUACAAUACAAGUAUAUGAUGCAAUUUUAAAUUUUAUCAUACAUCCCAAACCUAAAAUUCGAAAGGCAGCACAACACGCUGUUUGUGCUAUACUGAAAAGCAAUAAAGACUCAAUCCAUCCAAUGUCUGGAUAUACAGCAUCACAUUGUACACAAAUAUUAACGUCGGUCGGCACAGCGACUAAUAGUAUAACUACUAUUCUUCAUGUUUUGACAUUACUAAAAGAACUAAUGCCCGUUUUUCCAAAAAAAGAACUUAAACCUCUUUGCGAAGAAGUUUUAAAAUUGAUGACGUUAAAUCAUCCAUUGUUACUGUCUUGUGGUUUUCAAGUGUUUCACGGACUAUUUGUUUCUUACCCUUCACCAGAGCAUAAUCUUUCAUCGACAUUAAAUGCUAAAUUGUUAACAGCGCUUUUUGACUACCGACCCACGCCAGUUGAUACUCAACCGACUUUAGCUUGGUUGGCCGUACAACAAGAAGCAUAUAUAUGUCUCUCAAAGAGCGAUUUACCACUGUGCAUUUCUAAUCUUAAAAAAAUGUUCAGAGUGUGUAUUGAACUAUGGGUUGGCGGAAGCCCAGAAUCAUUAAGAGCCGCCGGAUGUACACUGCGAACGCUUAUCGAAGAAUGCAUAGGACAGGCCACGGAUUUAAAUUAUAAUCCAGCAAUUGCUGACUUAUUUAAUUUAGUCACACAGUGUUUGUCGUAUCAGUAUAAAAAUGCUUGUCCUCAAGUUUUACAUACAAUAUCUACAUUUUUUAAAGCUUAUGGUAAACAAGCUCCACAUAUAUUUUUAGACUGUGUGAAGUCAUUAGGCCAACUCAGAGACUCAAAUGAAAUAACAUUUGUCAACGAACUGGAAAUGACCAUAGGAGCUGCUAUUAAAUUUAUAGGUCCUGAGCAUAUAAUUUGUGAAAAAGUAGUUCCCUUAAAGGUUGAUGACGUUGGAGAAUUCAAACGCAGUUGGUUGUUACCUGUUUUAAAAGAUGGUAUAUCCAACUCCACUUUAAAAUGUUUUGCUGAUCAUUUUUUGCCAUUAGCGCUUAAAUGUCGUGAAUUGUAUGAAAAUGCGUUAAGAGCCAACGAUAAAGUUGCCGGCAUUAGUUAUGAUCUCCUCGAAUCACAAAUCUGGUCUUUGUUGGUUAGUUUUUGUGCAAAUCCAUCUGAUAUAGCGCAAUCGUUUCGGAAUAUUGCAAAAACAAUGGGUACAAUUUUGAGUUCUCGUAAAGGAUUGAGAGACACAAUCCUUAUAUCUUUAAGAAGACUUAUAGAUUCGGCGUCUAAAGAAGACUCUUCGCCUGACGACAAACUUCAACUUGGUUAUUUUGCUAAAAACUUUUUACCAAUAUGUCUGAAUUUGUAUACAAAUCCUGCACGCGGCACUGACGAACAAGCCACAAAGGUUUCUGCGCUGGAAACGAUCAAAGUGUAUCUAACAUUGGCCGACAACGUGUUAAAAGAACAAUUGUUCACCAAGUGUUGUGGUAUGUUGGACGAUUCGAAAAACGCAGAAACCGAAGUGUUGGAAAGCAUUCUUGAUAUAGUGAGAGUAUUGGUUCCUUACCAGCCUGUGAAAACAUUAAAAUCAUUUUUCGACUCCAGAAUAUCAAAAGCUAAACAACUGAAAAACUUUAAAGAAGAAAAAAAAUUAUUUAGAAUUUUGGAAGAAAUCAGUGCAUCGCAAACUCCCACUUGUGAUCGUUUUAUCAGAAAAAACAUGGAAAAUAUACGUAACUUCAUACUGUCAACGGCUCAAAGCGCUGCUGCAACCAGCCGAGGACCUCGAUUACGUUGUUUAUCCAAUCUUCUGGAUCGUAUCGAUGAAGAAGGUUUGAUGCAAAAUAUUUUAGCUCAUUUGCCAGAAGCGGUCCUUUGUUGUAAAGGCUCCAAUGUAAACAAACGUUGUCGUGAAUGUGCUUUUCAAUUAAUAAACAAAAUGGCUACCAGAGCUGUUAGUAUUGAAAAUGGAAUAGACAACUUUUUGAACGCGUUAACAGCUGGAUUGGCAGGUUCCAUUCCCAUGAUAAGCUGUACAGUUCUGGCCGUAGCGUCCGUUCUGCAUAACCAUAAAAAUGCGAUUAGCUCGAAUCAAUUAGAAGUCACAAUAAGUAAUAUUUGUUUACUUGUUACGACCGGAACCAGAGAAGUGGUCAGUUCGGCUCUUAGUUUUUUCAAAGUGAUUAUAGCGUCGUAUUCAAAUGACUUAUUGCCUCACCUCUCUUCAAUAGUGGGAGCUCUGUCGAAAAUGACAGACGAUUGUAAACGAAAAUUCCGACAAGAAAGUAAAAAUAUUUAUCAAAGAUUACUCCGCAAAUUUGAUAUCCAACUUAUUAUUAAAUUUGUACCACACAACGACAACCAAACAUUGGUGCGUUUACGUGCAAUGAACAAAGAGUCAGGACGUUUAAAGAGAAAGAAGGAAAGUCACGCUAAAGAAAAGAAGGAUAGUAAAACUGAAACCGAUUUCAGUCUCAAAACCAAACCUAAAACCUUUGAAGAGAUAUUGGCAGAAUGUGAAGAAGAUGAUGAUCUAUUAGAAACUAACAAUGAUAGAAAACAAAAACGCAAAGAUACUGGAAAGAAAAAGAAAAUGGCUGAAAACUAUUUGCAUGAAAGCGAAGAUGAUAUAUUAGACUUUACGGAAGCAACGACAAACAGGAAUAUCUUACAUUCAAAACCAACGAAUAAAGAAGAUGGAAGAAACGUGUAUAGAAAAGACGAUGAAGUGAAAAUAGCACCUGAUGGUCGCUUGAUCAUUGUUGACGAACCAUCUACUCAAACACCAAAAAUGGAAGUUGACAAAGAGGAGUAUUCCAGUGACGAAGAUGUAACAUCAAAAAAUAAACCUAAAUAUACCCCCGGAGGCAAAGGAAUACAUCGGCCGUUGUCGAAAAAUAAAAGGAACGGAAAAGAAGUAAAAAGGUUAAAAAAUAGUCCACGAGUUAACAAUAAAACUAAAGGGAAGAAACAAAAAGGAAGCGUACGACCGUUUUCUUACACUAAUUUAAGUAACUUUGGAGAAUCAAAAAAAAAAAAAAAUGUAAAUAAAAAAAACAAGUAAAUAGUUUUAAUUAAA